UGUUCCGUUCAUUUUCCCCCACCUUAUUCAACGUAGAUACUGAGAAUCCCAGUGAACGGAGUGUCCAUUUCUCCGCGAAUAAUCACAAAAAAUGCCGAAUUUCCAUGUCCUUACAUUCGAAUCCAUCUUUUCCUCUUUCGAUCGGUGUGUAUUUCACUCCAUUCGGUAACAAAUUCGAAUCCACAGCUUGUUAUACCAUUCUACAGUUUCGAUUGUGCUUUAAAUUCGAUCCCUUACCAUCAAAUCGUGUCAGGUUUUUGCGAUUAUUCGAGUGUUCUGAUUCGUAUUGGUGUUAGGGUUUUGGUUUUGUUCGAAUUCUGGUUGCGAUCGGUGACAUGAAGAUCGAAGAGUUGGACGACGAUGGAAAAUACGAUCACGAUCGUGUUGGUGGAGGAGGACAGAUUGUUCGGGUCGAUGCGAAGAGAGCGUUAGUCGGAGCGGGGGCUCGGAUCCUAUUCUACCCGACCCUUCUGUACAAUGUGUUCCGCAACAAGAUUCAAGCCGAGUUCAGAUGGUGGGACGAAGUUGACCAGUACCUUUUAUUGGGUGCGGUUCCAUUUCCUAAGGAUGUUCCUCGAUUGAAGCAGCUUGGUGUUGGUGGUGUCAUCACCCUCAAUGAGCCUUAUGAAACUUUGGUUCCAACGUCCUUAUAUCACGCCCAUGGAAUAGACCAUCUGGUUAUUCCGACAAGAGAUUACCUCUUUGCUCCUUCAUUUGUGGAUAUUAACCGAGCUGUAGACUUUAUUCACAAGAAUGCAUCUUGCGGUAGGACUACUUAUGUACAUUGCAAAGCUGGAAGGGGAAGGAGCACAACCAUUGUGCUAUGCUAUCUGGUGGAGUAUAAGCACAUGUCUCCUGUUGCUGCCUUGGAAUAUGUGCGGGCUAAAAGACCUCGAGUGCUCUUGGCUCCCUCGCAAUGGAAGGCAGUUCAAGAAUUUAAGAAGUGCCGAAUGGCUUCUAGUGCACUCUCUCCCUCAGCAGAUGCAGUUUUGAUUACAAAAGCGGAUUUGGAAGGGUAUCGCGACACUAGUGAUGAUGCUGAUAAGGUGCUGGCAAUUGUCCAUAGCGUGGCAAGGGUUAAGCCAAUGAUAGCAAGGCUUUCCUGCCUCUUUGCGUCAUUGAGAGUUUCUAGUGGCUUUGGACCAGUUGCUGGUCAGCUGACGGAGGCACGUGCUUGUUAAGCUGCCCCAUUGUAUUAUGGUGGAGGUUUGUACAGAGGAGCAUUAUAGGGAUUGGUUUAGAAGUUUGAUCAAUUUCCUAUGCUUCCGGUGGUCUUGUGCAUUAAAGGGUGAGAGAAAUAAAGAAUAAUGAGAAUAAAAAAAAGGUAAUCAAAGAGCUCAUCAAUGUAUUGUAUAUAGGCAUCGAUGAGGUAUGACUCGCAGUUCUACUUGUACAUAAAUCUUGCGUCAGUUUUCGUUAUUUGUAAUUGGUCGCCUUUACUGCUUUGCUUUUGUAUGAAAGAUAAUAGUGCAUUGAACACUGCCAUUAAUUUGGGUGUAUUUGCAUAAAGUGGUAGGUCUCAAGUUCUCAACAGAUCGCGAUAACAGUUUUUCCCUCUA